GGAUAAAACAAAUACAUCACGGUGGGCCCCACAGAGCUUGGGCCACGUCGUGCAAGGGAUAUCCCUGUGGCAACCGCAACAGGCAAUCUGCUUGCAAGGAAGAGGUUGUUAUACAGGUGAGGUGAUCAGUUCCGAAGCCACACAUGGCUUCUUCAGUCCCUGGCUUUUCGCUUCCCCAACCUUCCCUUCUCUUCCCAUCAGAUUACUCCACUCGCAGAUCACUCACCAGAAUUUCAACAUCUUCCAACCAAUUCCGACUCGAAUCUUCUCUUCCCGAGUCGUCCGAUUCCGCUUCCGCUGUAAAUGACGCCGACGACAACCCUGUGAAGCUCGCUUUCGCAAAAGCCAAGGCGUAUGAGAAAAACCCAAACCAGUCAGAUGCGAAUCCGUCGCAAAAACCCAUCAAAAUCGGCGAUGGCGAUGGUGAUGUUCCAGUUUCUGUUAAGCUUGCUAUGGAGAAAGCUAGAGAAUACAAGAAGAACAAAAGAGUCAUGGGUGGUGGAGGAAAUAUUACCGAGAAGCAGCAAUUUUCAGGAUUGGGGCAGAUGAAGGUGGAUAAUUUGAGAGAGGUGGUUGUUGAGAAGAUGGUUGAAAAGAAAGAAGAGGCAAAGAUUUCGAGUAUUGAUUUUUUGGGGUUCAAUUUCUCGGAUAAGAAGAAGACCAGGGGAAUGCCAGCGGGUUUGGUCACACCGGCAGAUCCUUUUCCAGAUGGAAAUCUGCCUGAGGUGGAAUUGAUCAUUGGGGAUGCCAGCAGAUUCGAGAAUGCAUCAGCAUUGAAUCCGAACCCGAUUGAAGAAGAUGAUGGUUCAGAACUCUACAAGCCCAAUGUUUCUACAUGGGGAGUCUUUCCAAGGCCUAGCAACAUUUCAAAGACGUUUGGUGGUGGGAGAGUUAUUCGGCCAGGAGAGGUGCUUGAAACUGCAGAAGAUAAAGCUGCCAAAGAAGCACGCACUAAACAAUUACUUGCAGCCUACAAGAAUAAGAUGGGCUUAAACAUUGAUGCAAAAACAAAACGGGAGUGUGAGAAGGCUCUGAAUGAUGGUGAUUCCUUGAUGGACGUUGGGAAGCUUGAAGAAGCAUUACCCUAUUAUGAAAAAGUAAUGGAGGACUUGGUCUUUCAGAGUGAACUUCAUGGAUUGGCAGCUUUGCAAUGGUCUAUCUGUCAAGACUCACUUAAUGCAUUUCAAAUGGAUGGCAGGCCAAAUGAGGCCCGUGCUAUGUAUGAGAAGCUCCAAUCUCACCCAAAUGUCCAAGUGAGCAAGAAAGCCAGGCAGUUUGUGUUUGGGUUCCAGGCCAUGGAAAUGAUGAAGAUUACUUCAUCAUUCCCACCAAAAACAACUGGAUACCAGAGUUAUUUUGAAGCAUUUGUUAAAGACAAAGCUAACUACUCUCCAACAAAGGAAGAAAAUGAAGAUGCACUGAGACAGACCCUCCCAUAUAUCAUGCUUCUUGUUUCACCCAUAUUGAUUGUGCUAUUUAUUGCUUCAAGAAAACUUAUUUAACUAUAAGAGAAAUGUCUAUGAUACUCUGGCAGUGUGAUAGUUCAUGCAUCCACUCUGCAUGUAGCAUAAAUGUAAUUGAUCAAACCGUCCAAAUCACAGGAUCCCCCUUAUGUUUCAAGCCAAGGGUCCUAGGCCAAGUCAGGAUCAACUGACGUCACGCACGUGAGCAUUCAGGGUGGGGCUCACCACAAUGGUUCAUAAACCAAAAGUUGCAUUGAACUGAGUUCUAACUGGCUGUUUGGCGGACAAUUUGAUUGAAUGAUUAACACGGAGAAUAUUAAGCAAUCUGAAUUCCUCAAUUUGGAUGGUUCGAUGUGAAUUACAUGUACGUCAUGUGUGAACUGGUUGAGUGCAUGCAUGUGAUACUUCAUUCUGCUGAAGUAUCCUCUAACUAGAGAGGGAAAAAAAUCACCAGAGUUUGUAAAUUAUCCUACGUAUCCAUAUGCAAUGUUCAUAGCUUUGAUUUUUA